AUGGAGUCAGGCCUCUCACAAGCCUUCCAGGAAGAACUCACCUGCUUCAUCUGCAUGAGCUACCUUACAGACCCAGUCACUAUAAGCUGUGGCCACAGCUUCUGUCGUGCCUGCCUCCACCUUUCCAGGGAAGACAGCCAGCUCCCUGUCCAAUGCCCUAUGUGUAGGGAACCAUCCCAGCAGAAGGGCUUCAGAACCAGCAUUGUUCUGAAGAAGCUGGUGUCCAUUGCCAGACAAGCCAACCUCAUGAAGUACCUGAGCUCUGAGGAGCAUCAGUGUGUGACCCACAAGGAGACCAAGGGGAUCUUCUGUAUGGAGAACAAGAUCUACCUCUGUCAUCUCUGCUCUGACUCCCAUGAGCACAGAGGUCACAAUCACUGUCCCACUGAAGCAGCUGCUGAGGGUCAAAUGGAGAAACUUCUGAAGCAAAUGGAGUCUUUAUGGAAGAAGAUCCAAGAAAAUGAAGAAAAUCUGGAGGCAGAGAAAAGAUUGAUAACUCUGUGGAAGGAAUACCUGAUUAUGAGGAGAAAUAUGAUCAGGGAAGAGUAUAGGAAAUGGCAUGCAGCCGUCUGUGAACAGGAAGAGCAACACAUUCAGCACAUGAUAAAUGAAGGCAACCGUGUUUUAAUUAAACUUAAGAAAAGUGAAGCCAUGAUGAUCCAAAAGAACAAACAACUCAGAGAUAUGUAUCAGGAGCUGAUGGCAAUGUCCCAGGAGCCAUAUGUGGUACUGCUGCAGGCUUUGGACGACAUAUUGAGAAGGAGUGAGUCAAUGCAGUUGAGCAUUCCCCAGGGUAUGAAACCAGAACUCUCUGCUCUCCCCAUGACUGGACUCACUGAACGAUUCAACUCCUUCAAAGUGUACAUUUCCUUUGAAAAUAUAAUUGCAUUUCAUUGGAAGAAGAACCUAUUUAAUGUCAUGAGAAGACUCAACCUCAGACCUCAGGUUCCACAUACAUUUGUAGAUCCUGUUGGAUGGUAUUCGGCCUCCUGGGGAUCACACAGCUUCAUCUCAGGGAAAUAUUACUGGGAAGUAGAUUUGAAGGACACUUGGGACUGGGCUGUAGGAGUUUGUACAAUUUCUUGGUUUAGGAAUUCAACCCCAGAGCUUGAGACUAAGGGUGCAUUCCUUCUUUUCUGUGUGAAGGAGGGUAGUCAUUACAGUCUCCUCACCACUAACCCAGUGUUCUGUCACUAUAUAGAGAAGCCACUGGGCCAGGUUGGAGUGUUCCUUGAUUGUGAGGCUGGAUAUUUAAGUUUCCUGAAUAUUGCCAAGAGUUCCCUCAUAUACAAAUAUCCUAAUGGCACCUUCAGUGAUGCUGUUUGGCCAUUCUUCUCCAGUGGCAAAACAGUACCAUAG